AUGAUGUUGUCAGCGUCGUUUUGCUGCCAGCAGCGCAGGGAUGCUUCCAGAACGCUGCUGGCAGCACGUUGGCAGCGUGAGGGCUGUCCUCUACGAGGAGAUGCCUCCCAUGGCGAAAAAAACGCGAGCAAGGCGGGAAGUCCUACCGCCGCCUCCGGCGCGAGGUGUGACGGGAACGACGAAGACGAAGCGAAUGGCGACGGCGCCGAGGAGGAUUGGCCGGAGAACGGCCACGACGACAGCGCUUCGGGCGACGAAUUAGGUCCGGCCGACAUCGAGGAGGACGAAUGGUGGAAUCGGCCGGUCGGGAGCGACGACGAGGUAGAAGAGUGGCGGGCUGGUGAUUCGAACAACGGGGGAGGUGAAAAUGCGGAUGGUGACAACGACGAGGCAGCGGCAGUGGAUGCGAAUGAGGAGGCUGACGACGAUGUGGGGGCGGAACUCGAGAAAGUUGCGCCUGCGGAUGCUGUGGCGGAGUCCGACAAGGUUGCUGCGGAUGCCGUCUUAUUUAACGGUGAAGGCGGCGACGACGACCCAUGGAGCAUUGGGACCGACGAAGACGUUCCGCUACUCAAGCGGAGGCUGCGCCAUCGCCUACUCUCCAAGUCGAAGCAGGCCCGCGUGGUGCUCUUUGACGACGACAGUCCGGGGGAGGAGCGUCGCCCGAUACUCACCGCUGCGGAGAAGGGAAAAGCCAAGGUCGUGGAAGCCCCUGCUAAGGCCCCUACUCGUCGCCGCACAAGCAACAAGAAGCGGACAUCCGACGGAGACCCGAGAUCCAGCAAGGGUGCGGCUAAGAAGAAGGCGAAGAAGGCGCCGAAUCCUGACGACAUCGUCGUGAACGAGACGUUGGCCAGCGACGAUGAGUACGCGGCGGUGGCGGGCCCGAUUCCCACGUUCCCUGAGAAGGUCACGUCGAAGGACCCCACCCUCCAUAAUCCCAAUUCCCGCCCGCCUUCCCCUCGCAACAAAGACACUAUGAGGAAGCGCCGCGCAUGGACCGUGCGCGAGAAGCUUAAGAAUCGUGCUGCCCUGUCCUCUGUCCCACCCGCAGAGAACUUGCGGAGGCCUCCGCACCCCGUGGUGCUGCAGUGGAUCGCGGAGGCUUGGGAUCAAGUCCCCAAGCAGAUCAUCAUCGACGCGUUCCGCCACUGUGGGAUCUCAAGCAAGAUGGACGGAACGGAGAACCACAUGGUAAUGUCUCACCUGCGCGCCAGGAGCACCACCGAUGUCUCGGCGGACAUGUCCCUCGGAGGGACCACAGGCGACAACACGCGCCUGCUCGGUCAGGCUCCAGAGGCGGAGGAGGAGGAGGAGGCGAUGCAGGCGGAGGGCGUGCGGGAGGUGGCCGUGGCAACCGGCCUGGAGGUGCUGUACCAGGAGACCCCCAACUACCGCGGAGCGGCGGCCGAAGCUGACCACAUGAUCGAGCCUAGGGAGACGGCUAGGCAUGCAUGGCGUGUGCCAGACCUGGGUGUACAGCCUGCUGUUAGUGCAGGGACUGCUGCCAGUGCUGCUGCACCUGCAAGGAAGGCUCGUCUAAAAGAAAUUCCAGCUGAUUCGCAAGAUCUGGCGGGAGGUCGACCCCAGACAGAUUUCCUUCAACGAAGCUCCCAAUUGGCCAGCACAGCCUCCUCCUCGUCCGCACGCUCACUUACAAUCUCAACCCCUGGAGGCACCGCGGCCAGGGGUGCUUCCCGGGGGACCAGGCAAGCAGGUCCAGUUAUUUGCCGCUCCCAACGCUUCACAUCCGCGUCGUCUCGUUCUGACGCGACGGGAAGUGAACGAGGUAGACAUGGCAAUGGACGGCUGGAGUCUCUGCAGGAAACUUUGACGUUUGGCCAGAAAGCUGCAUCCAAGGCGACAGCAGCUCUGCUGGCAACCCUCAUCACUCUCACGCCCACAGCAGCCGCUUGCUUCGCACCAUGGUCAGCCGAAGCAGCUUCCACGAAGUUCCCGUGCGAAGACGUGGAGCAGUACUAUGCAGGCACGCAGGGGCUGAAGGGAGAGGCGCUAAAGGCGAAGCUGCACGACAUUAUAAAGGGUCAUAAAGUGUACACCUACACCGAGGCAUGGGAUGCUCUGAAGAUUCUUGAUGCAGCGGACCAAUCAGAUCCUGCUAAAUCCCGUGACGUUGUGGAGAUCUACACGCGUAGGGCAGUGCCCAAGGACACACAGGCCACGCCUGAAGGCUGGAACAUGAACUCCGCCAGAGGCAACAAGUGGUACGGCGAAUGCACGUCCACUGACGGUACCUGUAUGGUGCCGGCCAACAGGGAGGCAGCAGCAGACACCGCCACCAACAAGGACGUCUGGACUCCCCCCACUGAGGUGCGGGGAGACAUAGCACGUGCGCUGCUCUACAUGGCUCUGAAGCCCAAAAUGGGCUGCUCACCCCUCGUCUUACAUGCCAUUCUCUCUUUCCCUCCCGAUUCCACACCCACUACUCCUUCCUCUUCCCUUCCCUCUACCCUUUCCUCCCACCCUUCCACCCCUCCCUCCGCAUCCGACUCCCUCCACCUCUCCUCAAGUGGCAUGCCAUCGACCCGCCCUCUAACCAACCCACCACCGUUCUCUACCCCUCCCUACCUCGCUUGCAUCCGACUCCCUCCAGCCGAGGGUCAGAUGGGGCUACUCUCACCUCUGCUCAAGUGGCAUGCCAUCGAUCCACCUUCAUCCCUUGAGACCACGCGCAAUGCCCGCGUGUGCUCCCUCUACCAGCACAAUCGCAACCCCUUCGUUGACCACCCCGAGUUCGUCUCCCUUAUCUGGACCGCCGGGCCAGCCUCGGCACCGGCUGUAGGCUCGGGGGCAGACCUGGGCGUAGGCUCGGGAAGCGGAUUCAGCUUGCCCGGAGCAGCACCGCCAGUGGGGGGAGGCUUGGGAGCAGCAGCAGGAGGGGCUAGCGGGGUGGCUGCUCCACGCGUGCCUGGUUUGCAGGCAAAGGCUUGGUUUAAUGAGAUUCACUACAGCAAUGAAGGGCCGGAUAAGAACGAGGUGGGUGGUGGAGUCAAGAUGGAGGAAUAUGGUUGGGAAUUGUGCGGGGGACAGAGGGAAAGCCCCCCUCUCUCCUCAUCACCCUGCUCUCUCCCUUCAACCCAACCUGCCUCUGACCCCACAUCCCCGCCUAAUCCGUUCAUUGAGGUGGUAGUAAGUCCAGGCGUGGACCCCUCCACCCUCACCAUCUACCUCUACAACGGAGCCAAUGGCAAAAGCUACGGGAAGCUUCCUCUCUCCAAGUUCAACCUUCCUCCCACCAACGUUAACGGCUUCGUGGUGUAUGGCAACACGUACGCUCAAGGGGGGCUGCAGAACGGCCCGUCAGAUGGCAUGGCACUUGUUUCCCAGCCGGCAAACGGCGAUGCCACAGUGAUUCAAUUCUUGUCGUAUGAUGGCGAGUUGGUUGCUGUGGAUGGGCCAGCCAAGGGGUUUAAGUCGACGGAUAUUGGAGUGAAGGAGACGGAUAACUCGCCGGCUGAGAGCGCUCUUGGGCUGAUUGGGGUGGGGAAGAAGUACGAGGACUUCAAGUGGUCCAAGUUCAACAAGAAUGCGUCACCUGGCCGUGUCAAUCUGUUCGCGCGUAUCAUGGAUCCAGCAACCUGUAACAGCUGGGAGAGAGCGUCGCAAUCGUCGGAUCAUUACCAUCCCGACGAUGAUUAUCAAGACAACCACGGCAACGGAUGGAACGACGAACCCCGAGCGUCCAAUUGGGAGCGGGAAAACACUGUAGAUAGGCAGCAACGGCAGCAGCGGCGUCAGCAUCGGCAUGAGGAUCAGGCGUGGGAGGAGGAUAACCAUGUAGGGGAGCAGGAGCGGCGGAGACCGUCGAAGGAACGGGAAGCGAAGCCGACGAGAAAAAAGAAAGAGAGCGGCGGUAGCAGCAGCAGCGGUGGUAAGAAGGCGGAGUCUAACGGUCCGACAAUACCAGAGGAGUUUAUGUGUCCGCUUUCGUUAACCGUCAUGACUGACCCCGUCAUAAUCGCAUCAGGCCAGACGUACGAGCGUGCUUCUAUCGAGCGGUGGUUCGCGGAGGGUAAGCGGACGUGUCCCAAGUCCGGCGUGCGGAUUGACCAUACAAACUUCUGCCCGAACUUUGCCCUAAAAAGCAUGAUCUCUGAUUGGAUGGCACAAGGUUCGGGCAGCCACUCUUCAGCUGCCCGACCCAGCACUGCCCCAGCGAAAAAAACCGUGGUGAAAAGCUCCUCGAAAACCAGCCAGUUGCGGCCGAAAACACCACCUCCUCCUUCGCUGUUGGCGCAGUCUCAGUCGGAGCGCGGUCCAGACGAUCAGGACUUCGAACGUUCUUCCGAUGGGGUAGUGCGGAAGAAAAAAGUGGUUAAGAAGAAGAGUGCGGAUGGCGGGGAGGAGAGGGGGCGCAAGGCUUCAGGCUCGGGAAGUGGUUCGGACGCCAAGGCUCGGGCGAGGUCCGUCAGCCCGCUGCCGUCGAACCUGUCGAAGAAAGUGGCGGCGAUGGGUGGGGAUGGUCAGGGAGGGGACGGACCGACGGAUAUUAAAGCCGUAUGGGAUUCUAUAGCGUCGCAGAGCAGCAAGCCUAAGAAGGCAGGAGGUUUGCAGCGGCAUUUAUCGUACUUUCCGCGCGGUGAGGACGGGUUCGGAUCUCCCGCCGACGAUGACGAUGACGUAGGGGGGAAACUUUCCGCCGGAAUGUCCGCGCUCAAGUUAGGCCGUGGCGGCGGGGGCGGCGGCGGGGGUGGAGGUCCCGGGAAGGUAUCAGAUCUGAUGAAGGGGAGGAGUAUGAAGAUGACAAGGAAGCAGCGGGAUAAGCUACUAUCGGAGAUAGGAUCGGAUGGGGUUAGAGGCGGCGCGGGGCUAAGGAUGCCCGCCGAGGGGCCGUCGUCGGGCGACGCGGAUGAGGCGGCGCCGCCGUCGCUGCGCAGCAGCGCUAAGAUGCGGUCCCAUUCGGAAACGGGCAGGAAGGUGAAAAAAUCUGAGAGGGAUGCGGAUAGGGCGGCAGGUGGGGGAGGGGGACGGGGGGACGAGGAAUACGGCGGGCACGGGGAGCACCUGGCACCAGCGGGGAGAACUUUGGCGGGGGGAGGCGGAGGCGGGGCAGGCGCGAGCAUGUCCCCGCUGCCGCAGCGGCCAGGGUCGGUGGGGCACGGGCGGGUGCCUAGCAUUAGCAGCAACAGCAGUGGGAGCAGCACGGGGGGACGACGGCACUUCGGUAUGGACUCUACUGAUGGCAGCAGUAUGGGCGGCGCGAGCAGCGCAAGCGGCGGCAGGCGGCAGUUCGCCGCGAAUCCGGGAGACGAGCGGCCUAGGACCUCGGGCGCCGCGUUCGGCGGGGACUACGGGCAGGGGGGCGGGGGCGGGGGGGAGCCGUGGAGGGGCGCGGGGUCGGGGAUGGCACCCAGCGGAAGCACCGCGGGCAGGCCUAAGGGGCUCCGGAAAGGCGUGCUGAAAAACGCUGCUGGCGCUGCUGCUGCUGCUGGCGGCGGCGGCGGCGGCGGCGGGGGCGGGGGCGGGGGCGGAUACGGUGGGGGGCAAGGGCAGGGUUUGGAGCGGCUGACGUCAUCCAUCCCGCAGUGGCAGGCGGAUAUCGAGGCCAUGUCGGCCGGCAGAACGUUCCGAAAGUCGCCGACCAACCCGUCGCCCCACUUGCACGAUGUGGACGUUGAGAGUACAUCAUCGGCUGGUAGGGCUUUCAGAAAAUCAACCACCAACCCGGCAAUGCAAGAUGUAGACAUGGGGUAUGGUCAUGCCACUCCCCCCAUGACCCCUCCCCCUCAGUACCCCCCCCAGCCGCCCCAGGGGCCUUCUGCUACAGGCGGGGGCGGCGCUCCUGGUGUGCCGCGGCUGCAGAGAAACAGCAGCGCGCGCAGCACGUGCAGCAUGAUGAGCAUGCCGGGCGGCAGCAAUGAUGACCCGGGCGGCGCACCCGUCCGGCGGGACAUGGGCCCGAUGGUUGAGGCACUGAAUUUCGGGUCAGGUGUGGACCGGCGGGCAGCUGUGCGAGACAUCCGAACUGCCAUCAAGGGCUGCCCGGAAAACAAAGCACAGCUGGUGCAACUAGGGGGGAUCGAGCCGCUAGUGGAAGUAAUCGAAUCUGACGACUUAGAAGCAGCAGAGCACGCUGUUGCUGCUCUCAUGAACCUAUCCCUCCACUGGAACGCAUCAGGGGAGAUUGUGCGAGCGGGUGGAAUACCAGCCCUGGUGGGCAUGCUCAAUCACGGCACGUCGGCCUCGCAAGGCAAUGCUGCCGCCACCCUGUUUGCCCUCUCCAAAGAAGACGACCACAAGCUGAUGGUCCGAGCAUCAGGGGCCAUCCCUGCACUCAUCUCGCUCCUCAAAACUGGCACGGUGCGGGCAAAGAAAGACGCAGCUCUGGCUCUCUUCACUCUCUCCACCCAGGUGCGCUGCGCCCGGGAUAUCCUUAAAGCCGGAGCUGUCGAGGUCCUGCUAGGCAUGUGUGGCUCGGGGGACUCCGCCGACCCUCCCCCGCCAGGCUUGGAAGAGAAAGCCACGGCGGUCCUAUCCAACCUGGCCCGGUUCCCCGAAGGGUGCCAGUCGGUGGUGGAGUGCGACGGGCUGACCAUGUUUGUGGAUCUACUUGAUGAGGGGUCAUCAGCGCGGGUGAAGGAGGAUGCGGCGUCGGUGCUGCUACAGCUGGCGGCCAUGGGGUUUGUGACGUACGGGGACUUGCUCGCGGAGGGCGUGCUGCCGUCGCUGGUGCGCGUGUCGCAGACGAGUGCCGAGAACUCGGAGGCCAAGACGCUGCUGCAGAUCCUGCGGCAGCACUGCGCCGAGAACAAGCGGUGA